AUGUAUCCGAGCGCGGGCGCAAUGAACGCCGCCGCAGCCGCUGCUGCCGUGGCGGCCGCAAGGCAUCCGGGUCCACCACAACCUGGGCAACCUAUAAAAUUCACAGUGGGUGAAUCCUGCGAUAGAAUUAAAGAAGAAUUCAAUUUCCUACAAGCCCAGUAUCACAAUUUAAAAUUAGAGUGCGAGAAGUUGGCUAGUGAAAAAAUCGAAAUACAAAGGCAUUAUGUAAUGUACUAUGAAAUGUCGUACGGCCUCAAUGUGGAAAUGCAUAAACAGGUACGUAAAAUCAUCUCAACUUUCUCACUAGUGUAUAUUGUAGGUGCGUCUUAUUUUACUGUGUAG